AUGGCACCCGUCUAUAGCCUCAUCCUUCUGGCGACCCUCCUUGCAGGGUCCGGCCAACGGCAGCGUUUUCCUGCGCUUGCUCACGCCUCACAGAAACCUGCCGACUACUUCCUCCCACCCAACAUUUACGAUAAUCUGCCAUCUGGUAUCCAGACCCCAGUUGCCAUCCCAGCCGCACCGUCCCCGACCUCAGCAGGGACCAAUCAAAGACCUGCGGACUACUUCCUUCCCACUAACAUUUACGAUAACCUACCACCAGGUCUCCAAACUCCAGCUGCCGUCGCCAACGCUCUCCCAGCCUCCUCAACACUGCCAGAGCCGCGAAUUGACGAUGGCGGUACUAAAGAUGGCUCCAUCAGUGCUCCGUCCGGGCCGGAUGAUCCACCGACGAUCAAGAUUACCACACCGCUCACGAACGCACUCUAUACACCAGGCUCCAACUUGGUCAUGACGUGGACGAACAAUCCCAUAACGUUCCCAGGCACCUGGAUAGCUCCGCAGAGUCUUAUUGGCAUGAUCACGAACGACCCCAGUUUUUCACACUCACCGCUCUUAACGGAAGGCGACAUGAACAACCUCGCGAAGAUGAAGCUGGAGAGUAUGAAGCAUACUCAGAUGGCAUCGGCCAUGAAAGAUAGUCCCAUUUUUCUGAGUACUCUCCGACUUGUCUCUUGGCCACUCACGUCUUCUGGUCGUGCAAUGACAAAGAUGAUUCAGGGCCGUUUGUGGAGGCUGGGCAGGGAAACUUUUUAA